GCUUUAUGUGUUCCACAUUUAUUAAUUAUUGAAGAUAUUUGAUAUUUCUAUCAUUAUUCUAAUCAAGGAUCCAAUCUUAUUCCUCGCAGCUUUGAAAUCUCUCUCAUUCAUUCACUUGAACUUUAACUCCGACCUUAAUCUACCUCAUCAUCCCAUAAUUGAGUUUGAAACUGACACUUCGGUUGGCUCCUCUGAAACUAGUCCCAGAAGGCAGUGAGUUAAAAAGCUUCAAGCUUUUAUUGGGCUAAUAUUCCUGUGCGAGUUGUCAGAGAAUUGUUUUGGUGGGUGAAAGUCAUCUAAAUUGGGUACUUGAUGGGGUAAAGAGACAUAAAGCAGCGCAAAGGGCAUGAUAUGCUUCUGGUAGAUCCAGGGACUGCAUGCGAGGCUUAUUGCACCUUUUUGAUUUCAAUCAGGGUAGCAUGGCCAGGAAGCUUUUUGUGCAUAAGAAACGUGAUGGUGGCCUUGAUGCUCCACGAAAUAGCUUGGAGAUGCAAGUAGAAACUUCUCACAGCUAUUGUGACGUGGGAGAUUUGCUGGUGAAAGAAGUUGGUCUCAAAAAGAAUUAUCCACUAGAAAGUUCAAUGAAGAAAUUGAUCAAUGAGGAAAUAUCCAAACGCUCAAGUGCCAGGCAUACUGGACCGAGCAUUGUGGCACGGCUUAUGGGGAUGGACAUGUCGCCAACAGAUUCAAAAUCAGCAGUUCAGCUUAUCGAGGAUAAACAUGAAUAUAGGAGACCAAAGUCUUCAAAGAAGAAAAUUAAUGGAAAGAGCUCAGUUGAUCAUGUCUCUUCCAUCUUAAAUUCCUCCAGAAAGUUAGAUCUCAAUUCCUUCUAUCAAAAUAAUGGCACAGAUGAUGCUGAUUGGUGUGAAGAUCAGAAAGUUGGGAAACCAAGGCGUGAAGAACAUCCUCAAGAGGAGGAACUACAGAAGUUCAAGAGAGAAUUUGAAGCAUGGCAAGCUGCCAGGUUUAAGGAAUGUUCAAGGAUUGUUGAGAAUGACAGCAUUCCAGGUGGGUUGCAUGCUCAAGAGAAUCUCAACAAGGGGAAGACCGGAGUUUCUGCAAAGUCCAAGCAAACAGAAAUUGAGAAGACCAUGGAAGGAAUAGAUCACACUGUAAAAGCAAUCUCACAUGAAAGAAGUGUUUCAUCAAAUUGUUUAGAUGCAGUGGAGUUAUUCCCAUCUGCGUAUACAAGAUCUUUAUCUUCAAAAAGCAGAACAAAGAGCUUAGACUUUGAGAAAGCCUCCCUGAUGAAUUCCAGGAAGAGAGUGAAUAUAUCUUCAGCUCCUACAACGAUAGUUAUUUUAAAACCUGGUCCUGAUAGCUUUUGCAACCAUGAAGAGUCUUGGAUCAAUUCUCCGAGCCCUUUAGAUCAGAGGGGUAGUAUAGAAGAUUUUCUCGAGGAGGUGAAGGAUCGACUGAGAUGUGAAUUACAAGGGAAGGUGCAUAGAAAGGGUUCAGUUGUCCGAGGAAGUGGAAUUGAGACCCCAUUUAGUGAACAGCCAUCUGAUCCAAAGCAAAUUGCUCGGCACAUUGCAAACCAUGUCAGAGAAAGUGUGACUAGAGAUCUUGGAGCGAAUUUGCUUCGAUCAGAAUCAACAAGAUCAUACAGAAGUGAGAUUCAAUAUAACGGACCAGGUUCUCCAGAAUUCAUACAUAGAGAUACUAGAAGAUUCCUGUUAGAGAGACUAAGAAAUGUUUCUGAAAGAGAGAGUGAACUUAAUUCUCCUGUAUUAACUUCUGGCAGCUACAGGACAUCUGCACUAGACUAUGGAAGGGUAAGAGUGAAACAGGUGGGAGACACUUUGGAAGCUCAAAAAGAUAUGAGUUUCUGGGGUAGGGGAUUGGUGAAAGAUGACCAUGUAAAAACCAGAUCAUUCAGGCAUGCAUCAGAUGAUGAUAAGUUGCUAAAUAGAGAUUUGUCCCCUAGAAAUCUCAUCAGGUCCUUAUCAGCCCCAGUAUCUGGAACAUCAUUUGGGAAGCUGCUUCUAGAGAACUGCCAUAUUUUAACUGGUGCUCACAUUCAGAGGAAGCAUGAAGCCAUUGAACAUGUGUCCUUGGAUAUGAAGAGUCAGAAGAAAGAAAGGUUCAAUUUCAAAGAAAAGGUUUCCAAUUUCAGAUACAGUUUUACACUUAAGGGGAAACUUUUUGGAAAAAUAAUUCAAUCAGCAACCGAAUCACAUCGUACUGAACGUUACCCUAUCAAUGACAUAAGGAGUGGCCCAACCGUUAUUACCAACUUUAGAGAGAGACAUGAUAAUUUCACCGAGGUUCCUCCUAGUCCUGUAUCUGUGUGCAGCACUGCUCGAGACGAGUUUUGCAGGACAGCUGAUUGUCUUAGUCCAAUAUCAACUCCAAAUGCAACUCCAACAGAUGACAGACUUGUGCCACAGGCUUUCCGAGAUAUCAGCGAUAACCUAGGUGAACUGAGAAGGCAACUCAAUCGACUCGAGUCUGAUGAGCCUGACGAUGCAUCAGUUGAACAAGAAGUGGUCGAAUCUGAAUUGUCUGGACUAGAGAAUCCAGUAGAGGUUUACAUAAGAGAUUUGCUUGUUGCUUCUGGUUUGUACGACGGAUCACUCGAGAAAUCCUUUUCGAGAUGGGAUACGUUUGGGAAUCCUAUAAGCCUCUCCGUGUUCAAAGAAGUGGAGGAAUCUUAUAAAAAGCUGGCCACUGAGCACAAUAGUUCAACGAAAGAUCACAAUGGGAAGGUAAAUCACAAGUUGCUUCUUGAUUUAUUGAAUGAAGCUCUUUCAACUAUUCUUGGACCUCCAUUAAACAUGCCUAAAUUCAGAAGAAAAGCUAUCAACACCUCUUCCCUGCCACCUUUGCGUGGUAAGAAGUUGUUAGAUUCUGUUUGGGAGAAUAUCUAUUAUUAUCUAUAUCCUCCAAAAGAUAGCCUCUAUCACUCCCUUGAUGAAAUAGUUUCCCGAGAUUUGAUAUCCUCCCCAUGGCCAGAAUUGCUGGACGAAGACGUUAUUGUUCUGGGAAGGGAAAUUGAAACUCUAAUUAUGAGAGAUAUUGUUACAGAAGUUUUGGAUGAUAUGAAGUUUUGAUGGAGUGAAACAUUUUUCUUUUCCAGUCUGAGUUAGGAAAGAGUGGCGUAUAUAAUGAAAAGAAAGAAAGUAAAUACGAGAUUUACAUGGAUCCAUGUUUGUUUGAUAGUGUGCAUGUAUACAAGUUCUUCUGUGUGGCUUGCUGAUAUAGAUAGGAACUGGAUUUGAGACUUCUGAGUAGUUGGAGUUAUACAGUGUAUGUUUGGUAACAUGUAUUUAACUUUUCCAUUUUAUUCACAGUAAAAUAGUCUUCCCCAAUCUAAUGGGGCAGAUGGUCUGUUUA